AUGUCGGAAACGUACGCUUCUGAAACGGAAAAAACCGUUACUAUGACAGGUUACGAGACGACUACAGCAAAUGAUAGCGAUGAGUUGAGUAAGUUUUGUUAUAUUUUGUUUUUUAAAGAAAGUUCUCGCCAUUUUUUGUUUCGUAAAGAAAUUUUGUCAUUUUUUGUUGUGUAAAGAAAGUUCUUGCCAUUGCUCUGUUUCAGCGAUCACAAUCUCCUUGGGCGGCGUAUGUGUAAUCCUACUAUUGGCCUUUCUAAUCCAACUGAUCGUCUACAUUUCUUGUGUCAAAAACCUGAGUAACGAAAUGAAAAAGGCCAAAUCAGCGAUUUUAUCAAAUGCCUUAACUCCAAACAUUCAUCCGAUGGCACCGAACCAACCCAAACCAGUCCAGAAGCCAUACGCUAGACCGGUCUUGAAGCCAGAACUCCCCAAGUUCAUGACGGCCGAAGAAACUCGAGAUCCAUUGGCUGACAUGAGCGUCAAGUUGACUAAGAGUAUCGAAAACAAUGUGAGCAGUAGCGUGAGUUUAGUUUUGGCAGUAAUGUAGGUCGAUAUAGAGGAGGAUAAGCUACUACGACAAAAAUUAAAAUUUUUGGUUUUGAAAAUUCAAAAAUUAUUUUAGUUCAAAAAAUAAUACGUAAACAUAUCGUAUUUUACCACAUUCUAUACAUAAAAAUCAUAUUUGCAUCAGUUGGUCCUCGCAAGUCCGGGCGCAACAAUACUUGAUCUCUUUUUUCGAGAAAUACACGGCCAGGCACUGAUGGGAGAGAACUUGUUGCUUUGUGGUUUUACUGCUUAAAGCUACUAAAAUUAGGUUGAUUUUGAUUGAAAUAUAUUUAAAACUGUCUCUCAUUUAUUUUUAAGUAACAAUUUAGCUAUGUAUCCCACUUUUUCAUUCAUUUUUUGAAGGAAAAAGGAUUUCAGACCAGAUUAAUCUAGUGUAAUAUAAAUUUUGAUGUUUUACUAAUUAAAACUAUUCAAAUUUGGCUGGUUUUGGUUGAAAUUGGUUGAAAUUGUUUUUGUGUUUAUUUUUAAUAUAGAUUUUGGUAUUUAACCCAAUUCUCUGUCAUUUGUUGAAGGGUAGACCAAAUUUGUCUAGUGUAAUAUAAAUUUUGACCCUUGUUUGCUCUAUUUUUAGGUUUUUUUGGACAACUUUUUGACUGUUUAGAUUCAUAUUGUUAUUUUAAAAUUUUUUUGUUCAUAAAAGAAAGUUUUCCAUAGUAAAUCAUAUUGUUUUAGCGCCAGAAACUCCAACGAGGUCUACCGAGCAAGUCCGCCGAAACCUUUGCGAGAAAGCACGACAGUGACAAUUUCCUCAACGUGGAGAAUAAGGAUUACAAAGAUGAGAGUGGACCAAUAAGACCGAAGCCAAAGUCGAGAGGAAGUGGCGAGAAAGCGCGAUCGGAAGAUGAUCAACAAAAGAAUAAGGAUGGAAGCAGGAAGAAGGUGUCGGACGACGUGGACGUGGAAUUGGACGAAGAAACUGAAAAAGGUGUGAAGAACAAGAAGAAUGGUGAGUUUUUGAUUUUUUUAUUAUUGUUUGAUGUUUAGGUAACAAAAAGAAGUCGGAAAGACAGCCCAAAUCCUCAUUGAAUGACGCCUCUUCGAAUGCCUCAACCGCCAAGAACUCCAACUUUGAAAAGAAGAUGAAGUACAGCGCGAAACAAAGCCCGAUGCAGAAUGCGAUCAAGGAGAAGAAGAAGUACUUUAAUGGAGAAGAUGACGAUUCCACGUUCGAAGAGCAACGUCGAGCUCCAGAGCUGCCACAACUUUCCGAUGUGGAUACUCGUGAAGAGGAGAAGAAGUCAAAGAAGGGCAAGAAGCUGCCGAAAGAGGUAAUAAUGGCUAGAUAUGGAGAUUCGCGCUGGAGGCAGGUCAGCAGCCAAUGUGAAGACUUUUCGUUUUAUCUGCAGUCAGAGGACAUGGAGUAUGAUUCGUCUUGA